GGAUGAUUGACUGCAAGACGUGUCAGACAUUCAAUGAUUACUGAAUUGAAUGUGAAUUACAAUCAAUUGAUUUGAUUUACAAUUGAAUACUCGUUUACAAAACACAUGUUUCACUGAACAUGAAGUCAUUACUGUUAUAAGUUGUAUCCAAAUGUGAUAAUUAGGUGUAACUGUAAUCACAAUACUAUUGACACAAAUGAAUCAAAGUUUACAAUUAAAGCUCAAGAAUUGAAUCGAUGGCUAUAAAUAGGAUCAGUUGUUGACUAGUGUUCACUCAUUAACACCAAUGUCUUCAUUACUCCACAAGAACUGGUCGACGACUGGAUCCAAAACAAGGAAGGACGGAUGCGAACAGAAGUCGGACUCAAAGUUUGAAAAGUUUAGGAAAAGACUGAGUCUAAGACUCGACCGCUUCUCUCUCUCGAGAGACGAAUUGCCAGAAUUGGAUAACGAGAACGGGAAUGUGGAGAUCACAAGAAUCUCAAUGAAUGGCAAUUAUUUAUCCAAUGACACCAUCAUUACAUCCAACACUCCAUCAAAUCCAUUACCUAUUGAUAACCAAUCAAAUGCAAAGCUAUCGACAGUUAACGAGAAUGAAAGCGCAGACCAGAGUCCACCCAAACCCCCUCCGCGUACAACAAGCAAACAUGUGAUCCCUCCGCGCAAACCAUGUGAUCCUCAAUCCGACCAAAACUUAUCACAAAAUAUAGUCGAAAGUGAUGUGAAUGUGAAGACAAACACAGAGACUAAUAAAGAGGAGAGAAUGAGUUCCACCCGCGAGUCCACCCAAACAAAAGGUCUCAGUUUCAUGAGAAAGCAAUUUUCAAAAGUCAAAAGUCGUCCCAAAUCUGAUAUUUUUGUCACAAAUAAUUCAAUUGGUUUUCCGAUCCCCAUCGCUAAGUCCACCCGAUAUUCUACUAUCGAUUUCUCUACAAAUAGUUUUUCCUUCGGAAAAAUGGAAUCGUAUGUCAAGUUAGACCAGUUGGGAGAGGGCUCGUAUGCCACGGUCUAUAAGGGCUACAGCAAAGUGGUGGCACUGAAGGAAAUUCGACUUCAAGUAGAAGAGGGAACUCCGUUCACAGCCAUCAGAGAAGCGUCACUUCUUCGGGGUCUGAAACACGCGAAUAUCGUAACUCUUCACGACAUCAUUCAUACGAAAGAUUCGCUCACUUUUGUCUUCGAGUACGUGGACACGGAUUUGAGUCAAUACCUGGAGAGACAUUCUGGUGGACUCAACCAUAAGAAUGUGAAAUUGUUUUUGUUUCAACUGUUCCGUGGGUUGUCUUACUGUCAUGAGAGGCAUAUAUUGCACAGAGAUUUGAAGCCACAGAACCUUCUGAUCAGUGAAAUAGGAGAACUCAAACUCGCAGACUUCGGUCCGUUCCAUGCUCUCAAUGGUCUGGCCAGAGCUAAGAGUAUACCUUCGCAUACAUACAGUCACGAAGUGGUAACGCUAUGGUAUAGGCCGCCGGAUGUGUUGUUGGGUUCUCGCAAUUACUCCACUUCUCUCGACAUUUGGGGUGUGGGCUGUAUAUUCUUGGAGAUGGUUUGUGGUGCUCCAGCCUUCCCAGGAGUUAGGGAUCCAAUGGAUCAGUUGGAUAAGAUUUGGCGCAUUUUGGGAACGCCAUCCAAUCAGUAUUGGGAAGCCUUUGAUUCGCUUCCAACUUAUAAAAAAGGACAAUUAGUUACAUAUCGAGCUCAGCCGUUAUCACAGGCUUUCCCUAAGCUCUCAUCAAUAGCUUAUGGCGAAGAGUUGGCCGAAAUGUGCCUUAAAUUGAUGCCUAGACUUAGAAUAUCAGCAAAGGAUGCGCUAAAACACCGCUAUUUUUGUGAUUUGCCUCAACAAGUGUUUCAGUUAAAUGACAACGUGUCUAUAUUCCGAAUCGCUGGUUGUCUACUGAGUUCAGAGACCAAUAACUUUCCCAUGAGUGUCAUGAAAGCAGCCGCAAAAUUACGCCGAUAGUAGAGUCAUGUCAUUGCAAUAAACACAAUAUCAAGUCAUUUAUAUCAAGUUAUUUAUGCAUUAAGUAAUCCAAAGAUUAGUAAAAUUACAAAUCGUAUGAUAUAUUGUAUUAAAACUACAGAAUAUGUUUGGCAUUUCGAGUCUAAUUGUUAGACACGAAUCCUUAAACGUAUAUCUUUUGCUAUCAAAGCAUUUGUUUACAGUUAGGGCUAACUGUAAGUUAGAGUAAUUGACUAUAAGACAGAUGUACCGGUUUAUGAUAUUUAAAUCUCAAAUGCAUUCCAUUAAUAAUUUAUUGACAUUUUUACCCUAA